UUAAGGAAGAAGCAUUGAAGAGAAAAAAAUAACUUUAAUUUCUUGAUUGGAAAAUUAAACCAUUUGAGAAUUGUAAAGUGCAUUUGAGGAAUGCUCGAGGAUCGAAAGUAAAACUCCAACACACAUUGAAAAAGUGCUAGGUAGAUUUAUAAAUAACUCGAAGUUUCUGUUUCUUUGAAAUAUCUUUAUUAAUUUUAUCAUCUUACAAAUAUAAAAGUGGAAUUGGCUUAAACGAAGGAUUCACUUUUGCUUAUAUAUACAUAUAUAUUUGUUUUGCCUUCUGCAUCAUUCAUAUCACGUCCCUUCAGUUUGGUUGAGCGCAAAAUUUGUAUAAUAUAAUUAGGUCAUAAAAGAUUUCUCUCACAUUUUCAAUUAUGAGAAAAUUCACGCCCAAGUUUGUUCCUCGAAGAAAAGCUGGUCCCAGUACGGAGGAAAAGGAAGUCGAUAGUCGGGUCAAGGUUGAAUACAAUGUGGAAUCCCAGCAACAAUGGAAAAAACAGAGACCAAAGCCUGAGCUAAACUUAACUGCCUCUGGUCCUUUUGCGCUUGGUCCCAACGCUUCUUCUUCUGGGGGUCGUCCAGCCGGCUCUGCAUACAUCCCUCCACCCUCUGCCGCAGGUGUAAAAUUGGAAAGUAAAGAAGAUACUUUGUCAAAGCUGGCUGCCGCUGCUGGAGAUGAUGAGGAUGGUCAUACUCGAGACAUGGUCAACAUACAAAAACUCAGAGCGCUGUCGGGUCAAGAAGAGGGUGCUAUCAAUUUAGAAGGAUCUGAUAUGCUUGUUCCUGUUAUCUCAGAUCGGACGCUCCCUGAAUCAGCUGAUGAGGUUUUGAAGCAUCAUGCUGAAAGUGCAAUUCAAGCUGUUGUCGUGGAUAAAGAAGAGGAAGAGCAAGAGAAGCUCGCAUUUGAUUUACAAACACUUGCUCAAGAUUUGGGUUUGUCACAGCAAGGAGAAGAAACCGAAGGUAACGAUCAGAUCGUUUUGCUUCAGUUCCCUGACAAACUUCCAGAGUUCCUUGGUCAAGCAGACAUUGAUCCCAUAUGGCCUGAAGAAUCAGCUAAAGUCAAAGAGGAACCGGAUACUCAGCAAAAGGUUCCUCAAACCACAGGUGAUAGUGAAGCUAAGAAAAAGGAAACUUAUCGGGACGGUUUGACUUCUUUACCACUUCCUGGCUUUCAACCUCCUGCUGGUCAAAUUGGCGUAAUGCGAGUUCACCAGUCUGGAAAAACUGUUAUGGACAUGGGUGGUGUCGACUUUAUAGUUCAGUCCGGUUCAGAGUGUCUAUUUCUUCAAGAAGUUGCAGCACUUGAUUAUGAAUCAAAGCGUAUGUGGAAUCUUGGUACAUUUCAACGAAGAAUGGUGGUCAGUCCUAAUUUUUAAAAAUUGAAGAAGAGCCAUCGUGCUGAAUGUCUAUGAAAUGGUUUGAUAAUGAAACUGGGGUUUUUUCUUGGUUAUAAAGGUUUUUGCGAUAAUUUAAGAUAGCGUGAAUCGACUUACAUUCAUGCUUCCAUUAGAAGAAUUUGAAUCUUUUAUAGAAUUGAUAUAUAAGCUACAUAAUCUUUGCAAGAUGCUUUUAUAAAAUGUACAAUAGAUAUAGCAAUGAAAAAGUUAACAGAGUGAUUUGCCA